AUGGGAUUGUCGCAUAUUUUUGCAAUUAAUUUAUUAAUUUUAUUUAGUAAUGCCCAAAAUUUUCCUUUUUCAUCGUCUCGGUCGUUUGAUAAAGACGGACACAUAUAUAAUCAGACAAGAAUCAUUGAUCCAGUAACUGGUGCUCUCAAUGUUACUGCAUAUGACAAUUAUAGUCCUGUGUAUAUAUCCGCUAUAUUUGCUGCAAAUUAUGGCUAUUUUUUCAUGCAAUUUCCUGCAACCAUUUGUCAUGUGAUAUUAUUUCAUGGAAAGGAAAUUUGGAAUCGGUACAAGAAAACUCAUGAAAAGGAGGAAGUUGACAUUCACUGCGAAAUGAUGAAUGUUUAUCCAGAAGUACCAUAUUAUUGGUAUGGUGUUAUUUUUUUUGUCAUGUUAAUAAUCGCAAUUUCCCUUGGCUAUACAACUGGUGCGAAUUUACCUUGGUGGGGUGCAUUGCUGGCUGUUGCUAUUGCUGUAUUCAUGGUGCUUCCGAUAGGAAUUAUUCAGGCUAUUUCAAGUUGGCAGAUUCAUUUGACUAUUAUGACUGAAUUAGUGUGCGGUUUUCUUUUACCUGGCUAUCCUAUUGCAAAUGUAUAUUUUAAAGCUUAUGCAUUUAAAUCCCUGUCUCAAUGUUUGUUAUUUGUUGGAGAUUUAAAAUUGGGUCAUUAUAUGAAAAUUCCUCCAAGAAGCAUGUUCAUAUCGCAAAUAUGGGGUACAUUUGUUGGUGUAAUUGUAAACUAUUGGACAUUGAAUAUUAUACUCAAUAAAAAAAGACCUUAUCUUGAUGGCACAGAAGCUGAUCCAACUGGCCAAGCAAGUUGUUUUUUUAUCUGGGCUGGCUUUGGUUCACAAAUGUUCAAUACUGCAUCUAUAGUAUGGGGUUUGAUUGGACCGACUAGGACUUUCGGGCCUGGCUCAAUUUAUAAUGUACUCCUUUGGGGCUUCCUAAUAGGUGGCUUUUUGCCAAUACCAUUUUACUUACUUCAUCAAAAAUUUCCAAAAGCAAAAUUUAAUCUUGUGAAUACUCCCGUGAUAUUAUAUGGUCUGACCUAUUUCCCUGGAACUUAUCCAAAUUUUAUAAUUACUGGUUUUAUUGCUAGCUUUUUAAGUCAAUUUUAUGCAUUUCGAUAUAAGAAUAGAUAUAAUUAUAUAAUGUCUGCAGCAUUUGAUAGCAGUGCACAAAUUAUGGCAAUAGUAGCUUUCAUUUGUCUUAAUGGUAUUGUGCAGAUACAAUUUCCAACUUGGUGGGGUAAUGAUCCAUCAACUCAAAGUGAACAUUGCUAUUCUAUAAAUACGUA